CUCUUCGCAUUAAUUUCCCUCAUCGAUCACGGUCUUUCAGUUCCUUUUCUGACUGGCUGGAGUUAAGAUCGAUUUUAAAAGUUAAUUCCCUCGACAAAUUCAGCAUGAACUCUGCUACACUUGAACGAAUCUCAGUUUUUCUGGCUGAAUUGCUAGGAACUGCAAUCUUGGUAUUCCUGGGCUGCAGUACGUGCAUUUCUGGAUUUGGAGCUGUCUACAAUGAGCUCGUGAUCUGUCUCACCUUUGGCCUUGUUGUAAUGCUUGUAGUAAACAUAUUUGGUUGCAUCUCAGGUGCACAUAUUAAUCCUGCCGUUACAAUUGCUGCAGUUAUUUACAAACUCAUUACGCCUGGGUUGGCUGUAUUUUAUGUAGCCGGUCAACUUUUGGGUGGUUUCAUUGGUUUUGGCGUUUUAAAGUUGAUCACUCCAAAGCACAUCUGGCGUCCUGAAGAUGCUACUGGGCCAGGUGUCUGCACAACCGUGCCUCAUCCUGAUUUAUCACCAUUCACAGCCGUCACUGUAGAGUUUAUAAUCACUUCAGUGUUGAUCUUCCUAUGUUGUGGAGUAUGGGAUUCUCGGAAUGCCAAGCAUCACGAUUCAGUGCCAUUGCGCUUCGGUUUGACUAUCACAGGCCUGGCUUUAGCUGGUGCUCGCUUUUCUGGAGGAAGCAUGAAUCCUGCAAGAUCUCUUGGACCAGCCAUUUGGAAUGGAGACUUUGAACAUCAUUGGAUAUACUGGGUAGGACCACUUCUGGCUCCCCUUGUUGUCACUCCCUUCUACCGGAUAGUUUUCCAACAACGUGAGGCUGAACCAGAGGAGACAACCGAAAAGAGAACAGAGGAAUUUCCAUUGCGUACCAAUAACGUCUGAUGCCCCUAAUUGUUUAUCCUUCCUUCCAAAUACUCGAAUUAAUUUUUUUAUCGAUAUCAUUUCUGCAAUUUAAUCCGCCAAAUAAAGAUUCGACAUUA